CCCAGGUGGAAAGCCAUGAGCCCUGCUUGGUGGGGGCUUCUGGUCAUCUGCCUCAGCUGUGGGAUCCUGCCUGCAGCCUGGGCUCAGUUUCCCCGGGUCUGCAUGACAGUGGGCAGCCUGGUGUCCAAGGAGUGCUGCCCAGUGCUGGGAAGGGAGCCGGCCAACGUCUGCGGUUUGCAGGAGGGCCGGGGGCAGUGCGCAGAGGUUCAAGCUGACACCAGGCCCUGGAGUGGCCCUUAUGUCCUGAGGAACCAGGAUGACCGAGAGCAGUGGCCCCGGAAGUUCUUCAACCGGACCUGCGUGUGCACAGGGAACUUUGCCGGCUAUAACUGUGGAGACUGCAAAUUUGGCUGGACCGGCCCCAGGUGUGACCAGAAGAAAGCACCAGUGGUUCGGAAAAAUAUCCAUUCCUUGACUCUCCAGGAGAGGGAGCAGUUCUUGGAUGCCCUGGACUUGGCAAAGACCACUAUCCACCCCGACUAUGUGAUCACCACCCAGCACUGGCUGGGUCUGCUGGGGCCCAACGGGACUAAGCCACAAGUCGUCAACUGCAGCUUUUAUGAUUUCUUUGUGUGGCUCCAUUAUUACUCGGUCAGAGAUACAUUGUUAGGACCUGGACGCCCGUACAAGGCCAUAGAUUUCUCACACCAAGGACCUGCCUUUGUUACCUGGCACCGGUACCAUUUGUUGUUGCUGGAAAGAGAUCUCCAGCGACUGACUGGCAAUGAGUCCUUUGCUUUGCCCUACUGGAACUUUGCCACUGGGAGAAACGAGUGUGAUGUGUGUACAGACCAGCUGUUUGGGGCAGCCAGGCAAGACGACCCAACUCUGCUUAGUCCGAACUCAAGAUUCUCCAGCUGGCAAAUUGUCUGCAACAGCUUAGAUGAUUACAACCGCCGGGUCACCCUGUGCAAUGGAACCCAUGAAGGUUUACUGAGAAGAAAUCAAGUGGGAAGAAACAAUGAGAAAUUGCCAACCUUGGAAGACGUACACAAGUGUCUGUCUCUCACAAAUUUUGACAAUCCUCCUUUCUUCCAGAACUCUAAUUUCAGCUUCAGGAAUGCCCUGGAGGGCUUUGACAAACCAGACGGCACCAUGGAUGCUCAAGUGAUGAACCUGCAUAAUUUGGUCCAUUCUUUCUUAAAUGGGACGAAUGCCUUGCCACAUUCUGCUGCCAAUGAUCCUAUUUUUGUGGUCCUUCAUUCCUUUACUGAUGCCAUUUUUGAUGAGUGGAUGAACAAGGUUAAGCCUCCUGUUGACGCCUGGCCUGAGGAGUUGGCUCCCAUUGGCCACAAUCGGAUGUACAACAUGGUACCUUUCUUCCCUCCGGUGACGAAUGAGGAGCUCUUUUUACCUGCAGACCAACUAGGCUACACCUAUGCCAUUGACCUGGCAGUUCAAGAAACUGCUGUUUGGACCUCAGUCCUCUUGUUGGUGAUAGGAGUGCUGCUGGUCCUGGCUGGGUUUUUUGUACUGCUGGGUUUUCUUCAGUACAGAAGAGCAAGAAGAGGAUACACACCCCUAACGGAGGCACAGUUAAGCUAUACGAAGUACACAGAAGACAAGUAG